GUGCAGCUUCUUGGGCCAUUAUUGCCUGCGCUUGUUUUCAGAUGAACCCCUCUCUUGCUCUUAGUUUUUCCAACGACCAUUUGGCAGCACUUGACUUGUAUCUGGAGAAGCGAGUCGCAGGCUUUCACUGCAGUGGUCAGAAUAUGUGCUUGGGCUCAGCUGCGUUGCUCUCAAUCCCAUGCUGGAAUGACCAAGAAACUCGACGAUUGACACCGUCCACUUAAAAUGCCAUCGUCCCGGGCCACGAGCGCGAGUCUCUUCUCUUGAAAGUAUGAGCCUAAGUGGCGUCCACCCUGGCCAGUCCGCAUCCUCCAACGCCCCUACGAGUUUUCUCCCGCCGCCUCGCCAAAUCCGCUUCGUCUCGACCGAUGGUCAGCCGCAUACAAAGAGGAGGCGGAUAAAUGCUGCUUGUCUGACUUGUCGCAAGAGGAAGACGCGCUGCUCUGGUGAGCGGCCUGAGUGCAAAACCUGCACGGACAACAACCAUGUGUGUUCAGGCUAUGCCGACCGCCCAAUUCGCAAAGAUGGUGAGAGACUCGAUGAGGAUGGUGAAGAGGAGGCCGACUCUGGAUCCUCAACGCCUCAAAAGCAAAGCAGAGAUGCGGAGGUCGCGAUGAAACUGCGAGCUGGACCAGGAAAAGAGAUGGACAACACCGCCAGGGAAGAUGUUGGGGAAAUGAUAAGUCCUUCAAGCAAUCACACUGGGAGCAGCGUCGCCUCUUCUCGAAACCGGGUCCCCUACUUUCGGUAUUUCGGGCCGACUGCAAUCGUACCUGGUUUCAAACAGAUGGUGGUGCAAGUCAAGGACCACAGAUCGAGCUUGCCUUCGGCCUCUGGAGAUUCUCCAGCUGCAGGACAACAGCUAGAUGGGAACUUUGCUGGUGGCCAGGAUCGAGUGCCCGUCGAGAUACCAUUCUACGAUGCGACUGAUCCAGACCAAAAUGCUCCCCUGAUCACUCAUCUUUGCGAAACAUUCUUCACCCACCUUGGCUGCAACUACCCUUUUCUUCAACGCGACAGAUUUCUGAGGGAUUUGGAAGAGAAGAAAGUGGAUGCGAUCUUGGUCGAUGCUGUCUGCGCGGUUGCGGCGCGAUUCUCAGGAAACCCGCUCCUUUGCGGAUCCAAUGACCCUUCCAUUCCUCUGGAUGCAGAAGGAAAUGUCAGACGGGCUUUUCGAGGCCAACCCUUCGCUCAAAGGGCCAUGUCAGCAGUGAUAGACACAUUUUCCUGUCCCACCAUGGCUGUCGCUCAAGCCUGUCUCCUUCUCGCUUAUGAGGAGUUUGGCGUAGAUCACGAUAGCGGCUUAUGGAUGUACCUUGGCACGGCCAUACGCAUGGCGCAGGACUUGGGGAUUCAAAAGCUCGAGGGCUUGCAACUGGAAGGGCGGAUUGGACCAACCCCCAAGACGGCCAAACAUAGUCAGGACGGCAAGGCCGAGGAGCGGAGGAGAGCCGAACAGCAACAAAAGCUGUCUCGCAAUCUUUACAACCAGGGUAAUUCUCAACUGGACGAUCGAAGGGCAAGUGAACAGGAACGAAUUGAUACCUUCUGGGCUAUCUUCUUUCUCGACAGAGCAGUCUCGUCGGGCGUUGGUCGUCCUGUCACUCUGCGAGACAAGGACAUCGAAAUCUCCUUCCCGUUUCGAGCUGAUGAGAAGAUGAUCAAUGGAUACCCUGACCCGUUUCCUGCCAUGAUUAAGAUCGUUCACAUGUAUGGGCGAGUUGCGGAUGUGCUCAACAACAUCAAGGAUGUCAGCCAGGUCACGCCAGACGUGUUGAAGCGGUUGGCAAGCAUGGAGAGAGAUCUGACAGGCAUAUAUCAACGCCUGUCACCUAGAUUGCAUUUCAAUGCCACCAAUUUCCAGCAUUAUGUCAAAGCAGGCCACGGCACGAACUUCAUUCUACUACACUUCUGGUUUCAUACCUUGAUUGUCCUACUUCACCAGCCGACUUUGCUACACUCAUUCGAAGGACGAAUCCAACAGCUGUUCCCCGACAGCAGAGAACUGUCCAUGUCGUCGGCAAAGACGAUCGCGGAUAUCCUGGCGUUCGCCGAGCUGAUAGAUGUCAAGAGCUUCAUCGGUAAUCCUUUCACCAGCCAGCCAAUGUACGUUGCGGCGUGCGCUUUUUUGGCGGAAGCUGCCGCUCAUACCUCCCAGCCGUCGUCCCGAGCGACAUCUCCGCCAUCAAAUGGACAUAGCCAUCGGCCGAAACAAGACGUGAUAAUGGAAAGGACGCAAAAAGCAGCCUCUGCACGCCAUACUCUUCUUGCUACUGCUGCCAAUCAAAAUUAUCAGCGGUGUUACAAAGCCCUCAAGACUUUAGAUUCUUAUUGGGCGGGCUGUCGCUAUAUCUUGACCGCUCUCGACCAGAAGUCAAAAGGUCUGAUGGAUCCCUUACUGUUCACUGCAGAUGACGUUGAUGGAGAAAUGCCAUCAACAGAACCAUCUUUUACCACUCCCGGCUGGCGACGAAGCACCUCGCUCGCUGCUUCACUAGGAGCAUAUGGCAGACUACGCUCGCUUAAGGCUUUGUCAGGGAGCGGGUCGAUGUCUCCUUCGAUGGAUCUCAGUAAUGCAAUUGGGUGGUCCUUGACAGGAACGGCCAACUCUCUAGCCCCCAACCUUAGCUUCCUGUAUCCGACAGGUGCCGAAACUGCAAAGGCACCACCGGCGGCUUCCGCUUCCCCAGGAAAGGAGCAAGAUGAGACGCCUCAAGGUCCAACAGGGAUGAGAAGGUUUGAAUCGCAGUGGGACAACCGGAAUAUGUCUACUCUUCAGAGUGAUGCCACCAUAGCUGAACGAUUGGGACAAGCCUAUCAUGGGGAAAACUCAGCUUCUACUGAUAGAGUGUCAUCGGUGCCUUACGAUCCAGUAUCAACGGCUGAUGCAGAUCUUUUGCUCGGACUUCACUCUCCAUAUACAGCUAACUCAGCUCCGCCGUCCGGUGUUGCUGCUGGACCCAUACAGCUCAGUCAACCCCCGAAUGCCUUUGGAUAUCCGCAGCAAGGGCAACGCUUUAACGGCUCCUUGAGUCCCCAGCAAUCAUUCUCUGACGCGCAAACCCAAGCCUACAGCGAUAUGCUAAUUGAAUCACAAGAUAUCGACAUGAGCGCAGGCCAGCAAUUCAAUUUUGAUUUUCCCGGCAGCGAUAUGAUACCAUGGUUGGAAUACCUCCCGCAGGAUGUAUUGAACUACUUUGCAGAGCCACAGACGGGGAUAUGACAACACCCUAGGACUCUCCUCACCAUGAACGAGCGGACGGUGUGUUCUUGAAUGGCACGUCGUUCGAUUUGCAGCAUAUCUGCAUAAGAGGCCCUACAACGGAGUGGGGUAGACGAAAGAGAUGUGCUCGGAGAUAAAUCGAUUACGACGGCGGGCGACACACUCGGACAAGCUGAUUUGAUAACUGGCUAUCUUUACGAAGAGGCCGAAGAUAAUGAGGGCGAGGGCUAAUCUUGGCGCCGAAAUCACGCUCUUCCUGAAACCACCAGAUCCGCUAAGGCGGUGAUUGACGCCAGAUCAACUUCGUUGGUGGUGGAUUCGAUAUACUUGGGCAUCGGAUUUCGGAAUGGUUCCAGGCCUUAUGCAAGUAUCGACAAGUAUUGGAGAGUGCCUGGCGACGGAUUGAGGACUGAGGCGCAUCAUACUAAUAUCCCGGUCAGAAAAAUGAAGAGAAUCUUGUUGUCCAGAUCGCAGUUCUAUGGUACUUGCUAUGGAGAGCCGCGCUCAGUAGCGCAACCAAUUACCGCCGCUUUGAACCAGGUCUUUGUCUAUUCCCAAACGGGCUAGACUUGGACCACUUUCCAGGACGAUUCUGGGGGCCUUUAAGGACGAGUAGGUGACGCUGCUUUUAUCGCAACGUCCCUUCUAUCUCCAUUACUCUACAUAGAUGAGUACAUUGAGCUCUUGCAGAUGAAGGCGGCCUGGAAUACCACCCGAUUGUUACUGGCGGUGGCUGUCAACCUUGCAGUCUAUGAUUUGUGCGGCUGGCUGCCACAAUGUCGUCCUUCCAAACAGUCAGAGACAGGCUCCAAUCCCUCAACCAGCCAGCUGGCCCGGAUUGUCGGACAGAAUUUCCAAGAGAGUCGUUGAAGCUGUUCUGAUCACAUGUGACCCCAGUUGCGAGUGUGCUUCCGUGCAGAUGGCCAACGAGCUACUCCCAAACUGGCCCGAAAAACUGAUGGCCACUCCCACGCCCCCCCCCCUGGAGAGCCCCGGCUCGCAUCCCACGCAAGAAAAGUACUCCGCUUGUCUGAUCUUUCCUCUUUUUCACUACAUCGAGCGGGAACCGUGCAGGAACAGGGCACGAUUUCAACCAACUUUGGACCAAGCAAAACCUCAAGGCGAGAGUCCCAGCUGCGGAGAUCUUCUUGACCGCUCCUGUGCCCACCAAUCUGCCACGAGCCACUUCGUCCCGUCCCUCUUUGGGCCAAACAGACGGGCCGCUGAGCCAGUAGAGAGUGGCCCCCAAUGCAGAGCGUCCUUUAUUUGAUCACGCGGGACUCGCC